AUUUUUAAAGUAAUAUUAUUCACUAAGAAUUAUCAACUUAAUUUAUCAAAAAAGUUGGUAUUAUAAAUUGUAAUCAAAGCCGAUAAAGUAGAAUUAUUUAUUAGUCACAAAAUAUUUAUGAUGAAAUUUAACUCACAAGCUAAUGAAGAUUUUUGUGCAUCCCCUCAUUUUUUUAUAGCAUAAGGAUUAAAGGAAAGAGGCAAUAGUAAUUUAUCAAAAAUCAGAAUAAAUAAUUUUAAGGAUUAGGAAUAAUAUUUCGUAAAAAGAGAGAAAUCCUUUGUGCUAGAUUGCACAAACAAACUUAAGCUGCCAAAAGAUUAUAAUUCGCUUUACGACAAAUAUAUGGUUAAUUUUCUGUCUAAAAAUUCGACUUUAACAGAUUUAAAAAGAGCUGGAAUAAUCUGUAAAUAUUAGUAAGAUGGAAACCAUUUGAUUUUAUUUGAGCAUCAACAAUAAUAACAAAGGAGGAAUUUAAAUGAAUUUCAAGAUAAUGUAGAACUACUUUAAAAGAAACGAAAAAAGUAAUAAUCCUUGCACAAUUUUUAAAAACUUCCUGAAAUUCCAAAUAUCCAAGAGCAAAGAGAAUAAAACCCAUUAAGUAAUAGAAGUCAUAAAAGCAGUUGCGAAAAGCUUGCUUAAAUAAAAGAAUAAUAAUCAGAAAAAAUUACUAACUAAAGCUAUGAAGAAAAACUCCAUAAAUUAAAUGAAAGCCUUAGCAAAGAGCACAAGUAAAAAAAAGUACAAUCUAUUAUUAAGAUUAGCACAAAAUAAAAACUAAAUUAAAUCAAUCCAAAUAGUUACAGCAAAGAUUCAACUUAAUCUUCAGAUUAAAAAUAACCCAACUCAAAAUAUAUUUCUGUCUCUUUUCGAAACAGAAACUAAAGUUCUCAUUAAAUAGGUUCCUAUAAGAUUAGAGAAUAAGAUUAAUUUAAUUUAAAGAUUAAUCCUCUUUAUAGAAAAUAAAUUAAUUCUACUUCAUAGCCUAGAAAUUUAACUCAUAGAAUUAAUAAUUCAAUAGAGAACUCUCCUAAAUCUCAUGCUGUUAAUUCAUUUCAGUAGCAAAAUGAUUCCUCAUUAUAAUAAUAAAUAGAUUCUUCAUAGUAGCUAUAAAUAAAUCAAAGCUACCUAAAUCUAAAUAAUUCAAGUCAUCACAAAAAUUUGUCAGGUUAAAAAAAUACGUAGGAUUUUAUUAAAAUCUAUGACAACAAUACUUUGCCGCAAAGUCGUUAUUAAUUGCCUAAUACAACGUUAAAAAUAUAAAAAUUUAAAUUACUCUCUUCAUUCACAAAUAACAAAUAUUCUAUACCCUAACCCUAAAUAAAAACUUUAGUAAUGCAAAAAAAAUGUAAUUCUAGCAAUAUUAGUCUCAAUAAUAUUAAUAAAGAAGAAAAUAGUAAGUAAGAAGAAGAUGUUCAAGCAUUAUCAAAAGAUGAGUUUCAGAAGAUGAUCUAAAAAUAUAAAUAAAAGAUAGAAAAAAAAUUGAAAAUAAAUCAAGAUUAAAAUGAAGAAAAUGAUUAAUAAGUAGUUUAGAAUUAAGAAUAAUAAUCUAAAAUUAUCGAAUAAGAUAAAUUGAAUAAAAUUAAUGAUAAUCUUGAAGAGAAGAGUUAAAUUAAUAAUGAAACAGAUAAUAACAAAAUAAAUAUUUAAUGA